CAUUGUUUCUUGAUUUCUUGUAAACAACGCCGAAAAGAUCACAAGAUAUCCGUCCCGGCAUCGGCUUCUUCACUUCUUCUCCCUCACUCUGAAUCGGCUUUUUGACAAACCCCUCUUUCUCACCUCAACUUCCGACAAAAUAAUGGCGAUGGCUCUAUCCAACUCACUGGUUCUAUCCAAAUCCAAGCCACUGCAUUUAUCCUCUGGCUUUUGUCUGAAGUCAGUUGACCAAAGUGUGUGUCCCACCACAUUGUCUUUUAAUCCUAGGCGUGCCAGAAACUCGUCUGUAUCGGGAAGUUCAUUUGUUGUUCAAGCAAAAUAUAGUGAAAGUGAUGGUGGGAACUCAACCGCAUUUGUUGGUGGCUUCAUUUUGGGAGGAUUAAUUGUCGGUACACUUGGUUGUGUCUUCGCACCGCAGAUCAGUUAUGCAUUAGCCGGAGCUGAUAAGAUUGAUAAGAAAGACCUAAUGAAGAAAUUGCCAAAGUUCAUAUAUGAUGAAGAAAAAGUGCUUGAAAGACAACGCAAGAAACUGGCAGAGAAGAUUGAACAGCUUAACACUGCUAUAGACGACAUUUCUUCCCAGAUGAAGCACGGCGACAGCCAGGAUGAACCAGUAGUGAACUCUGAAGUCGGAGCUGAAGUUGGUUUAUAAGAACGCUUUUAGUGGUUUUUACACAUUACAGAAGACAUCAACUUCGUUCUUAGCCUAGAAGUUCUUGAGGGGUGAUGAAAUUGAUCCAACUUUUCACUAGUGUCAAUGUGUCAUUGGUCCUUACUAUCACAUACUUUCUAAAUUCAGGAAUAAAAUGUAAAUUUCAUCCCCUUCAAAUUUUUCUGCUUUAUGACUACACUGGUUGCUGCUUUGAACUCUUGAGCACUUGUAAUGCUGCUAUAUGUUGUACUUUCGUUUGGUUCACAAAGAAAUUUUAAAUUCCUAGACUGAAAACUUCAAUUCUUGAAA